CCAGUCCACCUCAAGUUUGAGUAAUAGAAUAGCCGUUUGUUGCCAAAAAAAACCAGUCUGCUUUUUUCUAAAGUCGACUAUUAAUAGAGAACGUUUUAUCGACUACUAAAGUUGCCAAAGAUUACCACAAGACCUCAAAUCACACCUCUUGUGUAAUGAAAAUCGACAUACUCAAAGCUUUAGACUCGGUGCAGUGGUACUCAACUCUUUGAAAGCUAUUGGGUUCCCUGAGCUUUUUAUUCACUAGAGUCGUUUGUGUAUAUCCUCUCUAUUAUUCUUAGUUCAGGUCAAUGAUGAAUUACUAGGCUAUUUUGGUAGUAUGCGAGGGUUAUGAUAAGGAUGCUCUCCUUCAAAAUGGACGUCACGACAGUAGCCGAACAUUUUGAAUACCACCCAAAAUGUAAGAAGGUCACUCACACAUCUCUGUUUUGUGGAUGACCUUGGGAUCUUUGUAAAAGGAACGAAACAAUCUAUAGAAGGCGUCAAUAUCGGUGUUUGAUGAGUUUGCGACUUGUUCUUAAGAAUUAAUCUAGAGAAAUGAACUCUGUGGUAUAGCUAGUAUGCCUGACCAUACGAGAGAUCUCAUACUGAUCAAUUUUCCCUUUGCUAUUGGAGAGCUUUCGGUUCGGUAUCUUGGAUUGCCUUUGAUGACGAAAAGCACAAGUAAGCAGGACUGUCUGCCUUUGGUGGAGAAAUUUAAAGGGCAAGUCAGCUCUUGGACUAAUCGAUUUAUCUCCUAUGCUGGUUGACUCCAGUUAAUUGAAUUUGUUCUUGCAAGAAUUGUUAAUUUUUGGUCAUCGGCGUAUCGACUUCCUUGUCAAUACAUGAAAGAGCUCGAGUCAAAGUUUUCUGCAUUUCUUUGGUCUGGACCUGAGCUUAAUACUAAGAAUGCUAAGGUUGCAUGUAUACAUUUAUGCCAACCAAAAAGUGAGGGAGGCCUCAAGCUAAGAUCUUUAAAGGAGAUAAACAUAGUGAAUGGUCUGAAGCUGAUAUGGAGAAUGCUUUCUCAUCGAUCUUUAUGGGGAAAAUGGGUCAGCUUUUUUAAAACCUUUUGGAAAAUCAGUGAUAAAACUCAGUUUGGUUCUUGAAUGUGGAAGAAGAAAUUGAAAUUCAGAAGCGUAGCAAAACUAUUUCAUAAAAAGGAUAUUGGCAAUGACAUGUCGACUUCUUUUUGGUAUGAAAGCUGGUCUGAGAUGGGUAUUCUUUAUGAUGUUGUAGGGGAUCGUGAGAUCAUUGAUCUGGGAAUAAAAAGAAACGCCACUGUUGAUGAAAUAAUCAAAGAUGAACCCACCAUGGUUCUGGUAUCUUGCGAGAAAUGGAGGGACACACUGAUUUAUGUAGACAAAAAUAGAGUUUUGAAGAUGAGGACACACAUCUUAGGAAGAGAAGCUCAUGGUUUUAAAAAAAAAAUUCUCCACUCAGGAGACAUGGAAGCUAUUAAGAGAAGAUAAACCGAAAUGUGACUGUGGCCCAUGUGUUUGGUUUCCUCAGGCCACACCUAAAUGUACAUUCAUCAGCUGACUUGCAAUUAUCAACAAGCUUUCUACAAUUGAUCGCAUCCAUAACUGGAACAAAGGCUCUAACACUGAUUGUGUUCCCUGUCAGCAAAAUAUGGAAACUCGAAAUCAAAAAGUGCAUCAACCUCUUCAAAUUCAACAAUUAACUCAAGAGAAAUUAUGUCAAAAAUAACGUUUAAUCAAGAAAUAUCAAAAGAUCAUUUACCGCAUAUCAAUCCAGAACAUAUAUAUCAAAUAGGAACUUUUGAUUUAAAAACAGCUUACUCAAUUAAAGAACAUGAACAAACUUUGUCUCUACAAAAUGAAUUUGAAGAAAUCAAUUUAUUAUCUUCUCUAUCUUUGGAUAAAUAUAGACAAAAAUGAUUUAAUUACAUCCAUUUUCGCAUAAUCCAAAUUGCUAUAAAACUCCUAUCGAGAACAGGAAUAGACUCACCAAUAUUAAUGUUAUUAAGAGAUAAAACUCUCUUAAAAUUUGAAGAUUCUCUUCUAUGAGCCGUACAAUCAAAUUUAUGCAAUGGGGCUGCAUAUUUUAAUUGCGCUCCUAACUUUCAAGUAAGCUUGCAUGACCCAACCAUACUCAAUACUUUAACUUUAAACGUGCAGUUACCUGAAAUAAAAUUUCAAAAUGAACGACAUGGAUAUCUACUACUCUAUCGAGUCUAUUUUAAGCAAUCAACAUCCGAAUUUAACCCAAGAUGUCUAUUAAAAGAUGAUAAAGGAGAAACAACAAUUCUAGCAGUCCAUAGUAAAGAUACACCAACAGCUACAUACACACCAAAGCAAUUAAAAUGGGAUGAAAUAACUAUUCCAGAUCAAUGGAAAAUUGAAAUUACUCAACCUCCUAGAAAUUUUGAACAAAAUAAUAUAUCUACAAUAAUUGAACAGAAAGAUGGAAAAAUAUUAUUAAGGUUUGGAUCUUAUAGGGAUCCACUUCCACCUAGAAUAAGUUCAUAUCAUUCAAGAUCCUCUUUUUCUGAAUAUCGUACGGGUCAAUCCAGUACAAAUUCAUAAACAAAAAGUGUAAAUCAAAAUACUAAACAAGAUGAACCGUAAGAUUUAAAGCACCUAUAGCAGAACCAGAUCAAGAUGCGUAUCCAACAUCACCUACUCCAUCAGAUUUUAGAUCAAUAAAUGUUAUAACUAAAAAAUACGAAAUUAAUAAACAACAUAUAAAAGAAGACUUUUAUUCAAAAGAAAAUGAAGAAAAACGAAGAUGGUAUUUUAAAACUUUUUCUAAACAACAGGCCAAUGAGGAUAGAGAAAAAUGGUAUGAUACUAAAAGAAAUAAAUAUUCCAUUUUUCAUAUGGUCUGAAAUUUAUUCAAUAGCUCAUAAUAUCAAUUAUCCAUUCAGGACGAUUAAUGUAAGUACAUCAUUAAGCCAAGUAUGGAAACAAGUGGAUGGAAAUAAAAUUAAAGCAAUUCAUCCACCUUUAAAUGAUUUAAAAAUAAAUACUCUAAACCGACAAAUUUUAGUUACACCCUUUAAAAUUGGAGCUGACAAAGAUGAUAAAGAACCAGUAUUAAUGCAAGAUAUUAAAUCUAUAUAUCAACAGAACAAUUAUCAAAGUCAAAUACUACAUACAAUUUCUAAACAGAUAGAUAGCAUUGAUAAUAAAAUAAAUAUUAAUGAAAAAGGAAAAGUGGACCAACACAUUCAACACCCUUUCUCAUCAACAACCUACCCAAUCUUUAAACCAACAACAAGACAAAUCAAAUUUCUUGAAAACGAAAUUUUAAAAUCAAUCUCGACCAGAUUAGACAGGUUAGAUAAAGGUAAAGGAAUAAACACUAUAGAUGAAGAUGACAAUGAAUCUAUCCAAACCUCCUCACAAUCAGAAAACGAUAUACAAGAAAUAAAUCGAAUAAAAAAUAAAUCAAGAAAACCAUAUUAUCCUAGGCAUACUCCACCUGAUUUAUUAUUUGAAGAACAUCACAAAUAUACUAGUAAAGAAUACUCUGGAGAAAGUAUAUACGAAUGGAAUAUAGAUGGACGAUCAGAAUAUGAAAUGAUGAAUUUAUAUCAAGAAAUGAGAAUGGCUUACAAAGGUAGAGGAAAUAAUGAUCAACAAUCAUGCAUUUUAUUAAUAGCUGGUUUUACUGGAGCAUUAAGAUAUUGGUGGGAUAACUCAUUAGACGCAAUUACGCAAGAAUCUAUAAUUAAUCAUGUUGAAAUAAAACAACAAGAAGAUGAAGGACACGUAUUAAAUCAAAUGCCGGCACCACUAGAAGACGACACGUUGAAAGACCUUAUUCAAGCAACCUUUGCCUAUAAAUAUGUAUUCAUGAUCAAGGAAGGGGGCACGAGCGAUUUCACUCUCUAAACUUCUACUCUCUAAAACUCUCUCUUCUCUCUAUGCGAGGGUUAUGAUAAGGAUGCUCUCCUUAUUCAAGCAAUCUAGAAAAGGAUGCUCGUGCCCCCUUCCUUGAUCAUGAAUGCGUAUUUAUAGGCAAAGGUUGCUUGAAUAAGGUCUUUCAACGUGUCGUCUUCUAGUGGUGCCGGCAUUUGAUUUAUUAUUUGAAGAGCAUCACAAAUAUAAUAGUAAAGAAUACUCUGGAGAAAGUAUAUACGAAUGGAAUAUAGAUGGACGAUCAGAAUAUGAAAUGAUGAAUUUAUAUCAAGAACUGAGAAUGGCUACAAUGGCUUACAAAGGUAGAGGAAAUAAUGAUCAACAAUCAAGCAGUUUAUUAAUAGCUGGAUUUACUAGAGCAUUAAGAUAUUGGUGGGAUAACUCAUUAGACGCAAUUACGCAAGAAUCUAUAAUUAAUCAUGUUGAAAUAAAACAACAAGAAGAUGAAGAAGGACACGUAUUAAAUCAAAUGCCGGCACCACUAGAAGACGACACGUUGCAAGACCUUAUUCAAGCAACCUUUGCCUAUAAAUACGCAUUCAUGAUCAAGGAAGGGAGCACGAGCGAUUUCACUCUCUAAACUUCCACUCUCUAAAACUCUCUCUUCUCUCUAAAAAUUCCCAGUGUUUUUCUGAAUUUUAAGCUUGUAAUUUUGUAUCAAAAAAUUGUAUCCCAAAUAAAGAUCAAUAAAAGUAAGUUUUAAUCAUAUUCUGUGUACAUCCGCAUAUGUGUACAAACCAAAAUCUAGUUACUUUUCAAAACAAAAUAUCUGAACAUCCAAAGUGAACAAAGUUUAUUAUUUUAUUAUAUUAUCUUAUUAGUUAUGAUAUUUUAGCACAUGUGUCAAUUUUAAAUUUUUAAUUACCAUGAGUCAUGGUCAUGUUAAUUAGAAACUUCGAAAAACCAAAUUUUAUAUAAUUAUUAAUUACUAUGAGUCAUAAUCAUAUUAAUUAACAAUUUUGAAAAACCAAUCUUUAUAUAAUAAAAUAAUAAAAAUGUUACUAAAAAGAAACAAAGUUUAUUGUAAAAUUGAAUUUUGGAAAACCUAUAAAAAAACACUACGACUUAAUGUCAUAUUGAAAUGAGUUUUUUGCAUCGUAGUGGGUCUUAGUUGGAAGACGGAUCUUCAUUAAAAUGUGGAAAAGUAUUUCUGCUAACGCCUUCAAACAUUUUUUGUGUUGAAAAUCGAUUUGUCUUUGCGUGCAUUAUUUUUCCUCAACUUUGAAACUUUUAUGCUUGAAAUAUGGAUUUCCACGUAAGCUUCGAUUUCUUGUUGAAAGUUGGAAACCCAUAGACAAUAUCUUUACUGGACAGUGAAAAUUCCUACAAAAUAUUCACAAAAUGCAUUGUAUAGCAAAAAUAUAUGCAUGUAUAAGUCGAAUGUGUCAUAUCCAAAGGGGUGUGAACGUAUCAUGACCAAAUAGAUGCAAACAUAACAUCACUAAAAGGGUUCGAAUGUAAUAUUACCAAAACGGUGUAAAUGUAAAGUUACCAAAAUGGUGUGAAUGUAAUGUUACCGGAAGGGUGCAUGCGUAAUGUCACUGAAAUGGCAUAAGUUGAAAAGUCAUUGUGUGGGCUAAAGAAAACAUUAAGGUAGUGAUAUCAGAUGUUUGAUGAGAUUUUCUUAUCAAGUGGUUUAACUUAAACCAGCAUGAUGUGUUUAUAUAGCUGAUUGAUGAGUCCAAUUGUGGAAUAGUCAUUUACUUGUAUGUUGAUGACAUGUUGAUCUUUGGUAUUGACCUUUAACAAGUAUAAUUUA